AGAGAGCCCGCACAGCAGCACUUACUUACUCCAUUACAGAAUGGUUUGGGUUCCCUCGAGCCAUCCAGCCUUGGAGCAACAUUAGAUGGGCAAUAACUGAGGCUAGCUUUUCCAUUUCUGCUCCAGAAUAGAUGAUAACUGUCAGGCCCGGAGUCCCACAACCAUAGCAACCAGAUUAGCUAGGGAUGGGGGCGGGGACCUCUAUCGGAACUGCCUCCCCAAGACCAACAAUUCUGUCCGGGUGUAGAGGACUAUAGCUUGGGGAUACGUGCCUCCCCGAAAGCCUGCUGAAUACGUCAACUGUCAGGUCCGUUGCCUUGGAAAGGGUCCCACUUGAAUUUCGGGAGGUGAAAGAAGACACGGGUAGGAGAAGCGAAGGGGUUCAUCAUCGCUACAGGCAUUGGGGAAAAGGGGGAAGCAGCUUCCAGACCUAGUCCCAUGCACACUAUUUAUUGAGUUAUUGACAACGGUGGCAGCAUGCCAAAGCAUAAAGGUAACUUACAUAAGUAUUAUGAUUACAUCACUCAGAGUAUUUACAUCCAUCUUUGAAGGCUAUUUCCUUUACAACCUCCUCCUGUUUUGUUUUGGACUAGAAAGAGCCAAGGCUGUCAUGGUAACUAGACCACGCAGCUCACUCACAGAACGAUUUCACAAUUUUGCCAAUAGCUUAACCGGAAACCGGAAAAUGAACGUCCUAGAGGUGGGCGAGUGGGCCCCAAAAAUGAUUCUCACAUCUCGCGAGAAUAAUCUGACAGUUUCAGGGCGGGGCCGCUUCUCCCUCGGGUCCUGGUUACCGUAACUACAAACAUCCGUCCAAAACACCCUCUCUUAGACGCGAAGGGGAGGUGGGGCUUUAUUUCCGUUUAGAGAUGGACAAACGCCCACAUGGAGGAGAAGCGUCAUCGGCUCGGCUGUCGCGAGAAUAGAGCUUCCUACGCCCGCCUACUCCAUUCUUGAUGGCGAGAUUACGGCGGCGCGGUGGCGUCACUGGCGGGUUUGUUUGAAUUUUUCUCCCGCCAGCUAGAGGCGGGGGGUUUGGGGGAGACGAAGUGAGGCGAGGUAGUAACCCCAGAAAGGAGCGGCCGGCGGGCAGACAGGGAGGAGAACGUCAAGGGAGGCGACUUUGAACCUUCAGUUACAAAAAUAAAUAACACAUGAAAAGUAUUUUGUCAUGGAAAAACGCAAGACAUUUUUACAAGCUGUAUCUAAGGAAUGUAUUGAAGACUUUUUUCAAUUUGUUCAACUUGAUAAAGAUGCCUUUGACCCUUUCAACUUAAAUGAAUUAUUAGAGGAGUUACCAAGGAAACAGAAAGAAGAAUUAUGGGAAAGGCUAAAGAAUUUAUUAACAGAUGUGCUGCUAGAGACCCCAGUGGAUGAAUGGCAAAGACAUGAAAUAGAGUGUGAAGAUCGUAUGGAAAUAGAAAAUGGGCCAAACAUGAAACAAACCUUUAAAAUCAUCUAUGCAGUUACACAUGUGAUUAUUAUUUCAUUAUCUGUAAUAAAUGAAAAUGAAAACUACAAAGCUCUGCUAGAGUGUGCAAUCAUAUUAAAUGGUAUUAUACAUGCCCUGCCAGAAUCUGAAAGAAAUUUACAGAAUUCCAUACAUCACCUGUGUGUGACUUGGUGGGAAAAAGGCCUAGAGGCCAAAGAAGAUAUGGGAAAAACUGCUUUUAUAAUGCUAUUAAAAAAGAGUCUUAAUACUAAAACAGGCGCAGACAUUUGUCGGCUUUGGAAUAUUCAUCAGGCUUUACUUUGCUUUGAUUAUAAUUUGGAGGAAAGUAAUGAAAUUAAAGAUAUGUUGCUUCAAUGCUUCAUGAAUAUUAAUUGUAUUAAGACAGAAAAGGGAAGAAGAUUUCUCAGCUUUCUAUUCAGCUGGAAUAUAAAUUUCAUUAAACUGAUCCAUGAGGUCAUUAAAAAGCAAUUGCAAGUUUUACAAAAAUCUCUGAUGGAUCAUGUUGCUGAAAUUUAUUUCAGAGCUUGGAAGAAGGCUUCAGGGAAAAUGUUGGAGGUAAUUGAAGAUAGUUGUAUUCAGGAUUUCAUGCAUCAUGGAAUUCAUCUUCCAAGGAGUUCUCCAGUGCAUUCCAAAGUACGAGAGGUGCUAAGUUAUUUUCAUGAUCAAAAAAAAAAUCGUCAAGGAGUAGAAGAAAUGUUACAUAGAUUGUAUAAACCCAUUCUUUGGAGAGGAUUAAAGGCUAGAAAUCCUGAAGUUCGAUCAAAUGCAGCAUUGUUAUUUGUUGAAGCAUUUCCUGUUAGAGAUCCUAACCUUAAUAAUGUAGACAUGGAUGAUGAAAUUCAGAAGCAGUUUGAAGAACUCUAUAGUCUUUUGGAAGAUCCAUAUCCAUUAGUCCGUUCAACAGGAAUUCUUGGUGUUUGUAAAAUUACUUCCAAAUACUGGGAAAUGAUGCCUCCAGUGAUACUUACUGACCUUCUAAGGAAAGUAAUUGGAGAUCUAGCUUUUGAUACAAGUUCAGCUGAUGUUCGCUGUUCUGUUUUUAAGUGUUUGCCAAUACUUUUGGAUAAUAGACUAAGCCACCCCUUACUAGAACAGUUUCUGCCAACUCUAAAAUACAGUCUGCAUGACAAUUCUGAAAAAGUGAGAGUAGCUUUUGUUGAUCUUCUGCUGAAAAUUAAAGCUGUGAGGGCUGCAAAGUUUUGGAAGAUAUGCAGUAUGGAACAUCUUCUGACCCGUUUGGAAAUUGAUUCACGCCCUGUAUCUCAGCGCCUUGUUCAUCUUCUCUUUAAUUCUUUCUUGCCUGUUAAUCAGCCAGAGGAUGUGUGGUGUGAACGCUGUGUUACAUUAAUACAGAUGAAUCCUGCUGCAGCCAGAAAGUUUUAUAAGUAUGCUCACGAACACACUGCUGCCACAAACAUAGCAAAGUUAAUUCACGUUAUUCGUCACUGCUUAAGUGCCUGUAUCCAGAAGGCAGUAAAAGAGUAUCAGGAAGAGGAUGAAGAAAUGGAAAAAGAGAACAUAACUGUGAUGGAGAAUACAUUGUCAAUAAAUGACAUACCUUCUAUGGCAGGUUUAUUGGAAGUCAUUGUAAUUUUAUGGCAAAGCAUUUGUAAAACUUUGGAACAUAAUGAAGAAGCAAAAACUUACACCAUCACCAAAUUUGCUUCUGUCCUUCCAGAGUACCUUAAGCACUUUACAGAUGAUCGUUGCAAGAUUCCAUUAUUUAUGUUACUGUCUUUUAUGCCAGCAUCAGCAGUACCCCCAUUCAGCUGUGGUGUGAUCUCUGUAUUGAGGAAUCAAGAAGAGGGAUCUACAGAAAACAAGUGUCACACCCUAAUAGAUUGUCUUUGUUCUUGGGGACAAGUAGGACAUAUCUUUGAACUUAUUUGUGAUUGGUUGCCAGAUGGAGAGGCCAAAAAGAAAAAUAAGUCAACUUCUAAACGCCAAGUACGAAUUCAAGAUACGCGUCAGGCAAAACCUGAAUUGGCAUUGGAUUAUCUGGAGUACUUAUUGCUUCAUAAUAAAAAUAGAGAUUUUCUGUUGUCUCUCCCGGAAAAGAGACUAAACAGUCUUUUGAAAGCACUUGAAACUUCAAAGAAAGAUAUUGUGUCAGUUAUACAGUCAUCUGAUAUAAAGUCACCUAACUUCAAUCAAGCAACUGCUGUACGAGCCUUUACUAUCUAUUGUCGAUUAUGUAUUCAUCUCCACGACAAGUUUUGCUCAGAAGAAAAGAUUUAUCUAUCUCUUUUGGAAGAAACUGGAUUUUGGAUAGAAAACCAAGUACUACCUAUUAUUCAUCAACAAGAAGAACAUUUGAAAUCCUGUAGAGAGAUUUGUCAGAAAACAAUUCAGGCCUAUGUCACAGUGUGUAAAGAUGCUGUAAUGAUUGGCUUUGGAGAUUCUAAGUUUCAUGUGCAAUUUUUAAAAAUAACUCUUGGAAUUUUGCAAACAGAAAAAGGGUAUUUUUGUAUUCCACUACUCCUUUGUAUUCUCAAAGAGAUGACAUCAAGUUCUUUAAUUCAGAUAUAUAAUUCAAAAGAAGAAGUUGAAACUUUUUUUGACUUGAUUCAGAAGGUAUUCCAGAAAAUGUUGGAAUGUGUUGCAUACAAUUUCAAAAAACAAGAAGAAGAAGGCCUAGAGUUACUCAAUUCUAUUCAAGUGCCUCUUGAUGAAUUUAUAAGUGCUGUCCAGUCUUGGCAUAUGAAUACAUCAGUACACCAAGGAGUCCUUUCUACUCUCUUAGCUGCAGUAGUGGUUGAAAUAAGUCACAAAUUACGAAAGACUUCAGAUACAGAAGAAUUUGUAAUACCCAAAUGCCUUUCUGAUCUUCCACCAUUCUCAAGGUGUUUAAUGGGAGUCAUAAUGAAGUCUUUAAAUGUAAUCAGAUCAUUCUUAGAAGAAUUGACAAUAUGCAUAGCUUCUGAAGAAAUUGAAGGCAUUGUUUGCCUCACAGCAGUUGUUUGUAUGAUUGUGAUUAUUAGUAAAGGUAAACAUAAAGAUCCAAAGGUUAAGGAUGCUGCUGCCACUAUUCAAAGAAUACUGAACAAAUACAUGGAAAUUACCUUGGAAGAAGAUAGCAUUGAAAGAUCUCUUUAUGAAUCUUCUGUUAGAACUUUGGAUGAACUUUUGAAGGUAUAAAUGAGGAAUCAUCUAUCCAAUGUGUAAAAAGGAAGAAAAAGCAUUGAUUUUAGAAAAUAUUUUAAACAUAUAAUGUAUAUAUUGUAUUUACAUUUUCAAGAAUCUGUACCCAUGUGGGGAGGCAGAAAAUUCAUGUUUUAUCUUGCAAUUGAUAUUAAAGUUUCUUUAGUAAAUUUGUGUAAUUUCUGUAUCUCCCUAUAUAUAAAUACAUAUAUAAAUCUGUAUGAUAUAGUUAAAAGAAACAUUUUUUAAUGUCAGUGGUAUAGAAAAGAAAAUAUAAUAUACUUGCCUUAGGAAACUAAUUACAGAAAACACAAAUACAAAAGAUAAACAAAAACAUAAUGAGCAAAUGAAUUAUGUUUAAUGUUUCUCUACUUGAAAGUUAUUUUUCAAAAAUCUAAUAAUUUCUAGUCUAAGGAAGUGUGUUGAUAGAACUUUCACUUCUUUUUGUGGUUACAACUGGAAAUUGAAAGGAAGCUGGUCAAUUGAACAACUGAACAAAUUGUAUAUGAUCAUGAUGGAAUGAUGUGCUUAUUGAUUUUAGAAAAAACAUGAUAGAUUUGCAUGAAAUCAUGUAGAGUGCAAUGACCCGUAUCAAGAAAACAUUGAAUUAUUUAAUAGCAAUAUUGUUUAAGAACAAUUUGCAUAACUCACUCAUUUUGGCUAAUAUAAAAACACAAAUUAAUUACAGAAAACCUACAAUGAAAGAUGCUAUCUGUACCUAGGGAAAGAAUUGACAAAUAGAAGUAUAUAUAGAAUCUUGCAGGAGAGGAUAGGAUAGAGAGAAGAAAAAAAGUUACAUGAUAACAUUUAUAAAUAUAAAAGGAGUAGCAAGUUAUACAUAAUAAAUUUGCAGCUUCAUGUGUAAUCACCUUUUAAUCCUAUGUUAGGGAACUGCUUGUUUUCAUAAAUUUAAAAUAAAAAAACUAUACCACAUCAAAUUUUUUCAUUAUUAAUAUGUCAUCCACUGUACCCUUAGCCCUUAUACCAGUGCUAAUUAUUUUUCAUGUUUCUUUUAAAAGCUCUAGUGCCCAUUGUUGCUAUGUUUGUUUGCAGACAUGAAUUGACCAAUAUUUUCAUAUAUAUAGAAAUGUACAACUAAUUCCCCUUUGGAAAGAUCAUUUAGUAUAGGAAAAAUGUUGUUGAUUGGAUGAAAUAAGUAGAAUGGCUACAAGAUUUAGGAAAAAUAAAAGAAACCACCAAGUUAGAUGCCAAAACUGUCAUAGUCCUUUCUUGACUAUAGUUUAAAUUCAUUUUUUCUCUUAUGCACUUCAAAAUACCUUAAGAUUACAUAGAAGGUUAUCUUGGAUGUAUAAGUAAAAUGUUGCCUUAUAAUUAAUUCUUCUGUCUUGGCAAUUCAACAUUGUCUUGAAUUCUAAUAUUUAAUAGCUUGGGAACUUAUUUUUCUCUGUUUGAUUUCCUUAAAUUACAUUCUUCCUAAUAAAUACAGAUAUUCAUUUUGAAACAUUUGGAAUUUUGAACCCUUGUUCAGAGGAAUCUUUAAAGUGAAGAACUUCAACAGGGUAGAAUAGGAUGUGCUACUUUGAACAACAGAACAAGAAAAUAGUCUGGCUAUGUAGACUUUUUUCUAUUUUUUCUUUUUCUUAAUUUUAGUCUGAACUUAAGAACUAAAACAAGCAUUUCCAUGACAUAAUAGAUUAAGAAAACAAAAAGUACAUUAAACUGUAAAUCUGUUAUGUACAACUUGCUAUUCCUUUUAAAUAUAUAAAGUUAUCAUGUGACUUUUUUCUUUUCUUCACUUUGUUUCUCAAGAUGGCUACCAUCUGACACAAAUAUGCAUAUAUACAUAAAACCAUUUUAUAUGUAUCAGUUCUUUUCCUAGCAUCAUCCUUCAUAGGUUCUUUAUAGUUAAUUUGAGUAUUUAUAAUAGCCAAAAUGACUGAGUUGUGCAGUUAUUACUAAAGCAAUUUCUGUUCGUUUUGUGCUGCAUUAUUUUAUGUGACUAUAUCCAUGUUUUUCUAACAUCAUUGAGCUCAUUUCUCUUCCCUAAACUUGUUUUAUUAGUUUCAUUAUUGCCUGUUAAAUUUAUUUCUUCAAGUGGGGCUUCAUGUUUGUUGUAAACUAUGCUUUCGCUUUUUAUUGUAUUUUUUCAAUUUAUGCUUCUGUAGUAAUAUUUAUUUCCUGACUAUUUUAAAUGUCAUUUUGACAUUGGGUAACUAGUUUUUGAAAAACAAACUUUCUGAAAGUUUUCCUUUGAAAAACAAACUUUCUGAAAGUUUUCCUAUCAAGCCUCUCCUAUUGAAAACAAUAAGAUAAUUGUCAAUAAGAUACAAAUAGCAUUUACCUAAAUUUUAUCUCUGUGGGAAUUGAAAAUGUAGAACAGCUUUCUUUUAACAGCAUCAACCCACAGUUUUAAGUUUAAAACCUAUUCUGACAUUCUUUUUUAAACAGAUUUUUAUUGAUUGUUUUUUUAAAUAUCUUUUAUUUUUACAUCAACUAGAUUUCCUCCUUCCUCAGAAUCUUCCCUUAUAACAAAUAAUUGAGAUUUUUUUUAAAUCCUCAAAUGAGAUUCUAUUUGCAUAGCAAAUUAGUCAUUUAACCAUAUAACUACAUGGAAGUAUAAAUAGGUCUUCCUUUAAAAUUUGAAAUACAUUACUUGAAUUAUUUUGCCUUUUUUCUUUUUCAAUUUAUUUUAUUUGAAAAAACAGUAAGGAAAAAAAAAACAGCUGACUAAUGAGACAACGUAAAGAUGACUGAUUUGGGAAUCAGAGGACCUAAGUUAACAAACUCUGCAUACCCUUUGACCUAGUAGUGAUUCUAUUAGUUUUAUAUCUCAAAGAGAUCAUAAAGGAAGGAAAGAGACCCACCUGUGCAAAAAUGUUUGUGGCAGCCCUCUUUGUAGUGGCAAGAAACUGGAAACUGAAUGGAUGCCCAUCAAUUGGAGAAUGGCUGAGUAAAUCGUGGUAUAUGAAUGUUAUGGAAUGUUAUUGUUCUGUAAGAAACGACCAGCAGGAUGAAUAUAGAGAGGCUUGGAGAGACUUAGAUGAGCUGAUGCUGAGUGAAACAAGCAGAACCAGGACAUCAUCAUACAUGGCAACAAGAAGACUAUAUGAUGAUCAAUUUUGAUGGACGUGGCUCUUUUCAACAAUGACAUGAUUCAGGCCAGUUGCAAUGAUCUUGUUAUGAAGAGAGCCAUCUGCACUCUGAGAGAGGACUGUGGGAACUCAGUGCAGAUCACUAGAUAGCAUUUUCACUUUUUUUGUUGUUUGCUUGCAGUUUGUUUUCUUUCUUUUUUUCCUUUUUGACCUGGUUUUUCUUGUGCAGCAAGAUAAUUGUAUAAAUACGCAUAUGUUGGAUUAACAUUUUUAACAUGUAUAACAUAUAUUGGAUUACUUGCCAUCUAGGGGAGGAGAGUGGGAGGAAGGAGGGGAAAUUGGAACACAAGGUUUUUCAAGGGUCAAUGUUUAAAAAUUACUCAUGUAUAUGUUUUGAAAAUAAAAAGUUUUAUCUUAAAAAAAAGAAA